CCUGCCUGGGAAAUGGAAACUGAAAACCUUGUUCCUAGUUUUGCCAGGCUGAAAGACCCAGGACUUGCAGGUCCCGGCCAUGGAGCAGGAACUCAGGAGCUUCCCAGCCGGGAAGCUUGACAAGUUCAUAGAGCACUACCUCCUUCCGGACACCACCUUUGGUGAUGAUGUCAGAGCAGCCGUCAAUGUCGUGUGUGCUUUCCUGAAGGAGAGAUGCUUCCAAGGUGCUGCCCACCCAGUGAGGGUCUCCAAGGUGGUGAAGGGCGGCUCCUCAGGCAAAGGCACCGCGCUCAAGGGCAGGUCGGAUGCAGACCUGGUGGUGUUCCUUAACAAUCUCACCAGCUUUGAGGACCAGUUAAACCUACGUGGUGAAUUCAUCGAAGAAAUUAAAAAACAACUCUACGAAGUUCAGCGUGAGAGACAUUUUAGAGUCAAAUUUGAGGUCCAGAGUUCAUGGUGGCCCAACGCCCGUUCUCUGAGCUUCAAGCUGAGCGCCCCCCAUCUGCAUCAGGAGGUGGAGUUUGAUGUCCUUCCAGCCUUUGAUGUCCUGGGUCAUGUGACCAUCUACAGCAGGCCUAAUCCCAUAAUCUAUGCCUGCCUUAUCUUGGAAUGUGUUUCCCUGGGGAAGGAAGGCGAGUUCUCCACCUGCUUCACAGAGCUCCAGCGGAACUUCCUGAAGCAGCGCCCAACCAAAGUGAAGAGUCUCAUCCGCCUGGUCAAGCACUGGUACCAACUGUGUAAGGAGAAACUGGGGAAGCCGCUGCCCCCACAGUACGCCCUGGAGCUGCUCACAGUCUAUGCCUGGGAACAUGGGAGUGGAUUUACUGAGUUCAGCACAGCCCAGGGCUUCCGGACUGUCUUGGAACUGGUCAUCAAGUACAAGCUGCUUCGAAUCUACUGGACAAAGUAUUAUGACUUUGAACACCAGGAGGUCUCCAACUACCUGCACAGACAGCUGAGAAAAGCCAGGCCUGUGAUCCUGGACCCUGCUGACCCAACAGGGAAUGUGGCUGGUGGGAACAUAGAGGGCUGGAGGCGGUUGGCUGAAGAGGCUGACGUGUGGCUGUGGUACCCGUGCUUUAUGAAAAAUGAUGGUUCCCGCGUGAGCCCCUGGGAUGUGCCGACGGAGGUUCCUGUACCUUUCCAGCAGGUGGAUGAGACCUGGACAUGCAUCCUCCUGUGAACACCGCAGCAUCUGCCCAGGAGGCUCCGGAGUCAGGGGUGUGUGCUCUUCUGCUGCAGGCCCUGGACCCAAUGAGGGAGGCCACAUUUGGGAUGAGACUCCAUGCUUCUGAUGCCUGCCCACCAUGUUUGACUCCUGUCCAAUCACAGAUAGCCUUCAACAGAUUCAGAAGGGGAGGAAGAACUCAAGCUUGACUUCCAUCUGUCCACCUGUUGGGACGUUCUGUGCAACAAUGUCUGAUCAACAACAAUAAACUACAGCAGGUGCCAUAA